AUAAGUAUAAGCAUAAGCGAAAAGACAAGCCGUUCAGUAGUAGGAUUAUCUUGAGAAGGAAGUCAAAGUCAAAGCUAGCUGCGAUGUGGGGCCAGUCUGCAACGGCGGCAGUUGACUUUGCUGCUAACCCACUCCACUCAGUUCCAGCUGCAAGGUGGCCAAGAAAUCCUUCAAAAAAAAAAAAAAUCCUCACCUCCUCCUCCAUGCGCGCCGCUUCCCACCGCCGCCGCCGCCCAAACGACGGCCACCUCCUCGCUCCCUCGCCACCGUCGCCGGCGGCUGCGCUUGGAGAUCGACGGCCGCUUUCGCCGGGACCCAUUGGCGCGUGCUCACUGGAUCUAGAGGUUGCUUGGCUAGUCUAGGAGGUGAGGAUAAAUUCUGCAAUCAUUUCUGGCUUGGUAGAACAAGGUAAUAGCACAAUUGAGAUGGCAAGUGCCUUGACAGGGGCGAUGACCUCAGUCAUCAUCAAGCUCAGUGCACUUCUUGGGGAGGAGUACGCAAAGCUGAAAGGAUUACAGAGGGAGGUGGAGUUUAUGAAAGAUGAGCUGAGCAGCAUGAAUGCUCUCCUUCAUAGGCUGGCAGAGGUAGACUCUGACCUCGAUGUGCAAACGGAGGAGUGGAGAAACCAAGUACGGGAGAUGUCUUAUGACAUCGAGGAUUGUAUCGACGGUUUCACACAUCGCCUUGGCCACAUUGGCAUAGCUGAGGCUGCAGGGCCUGUCCAAAGGGUGGCCCAACAACUCAAGGUGCUCAAGGUGCGCCGUCAAAUCGCCAGCCAAAUCCAAGAGCUCAAGGGACGAGUCGAAGAUGCAAGCAAGCGGCGGAUGAGGUAUAAGCUUGACGAUCGUAUCUUUGAGCCUAGCAUCGCGAGGGCAAUUGACCCCCGUUUGCCUUCGCUGUAUGCUGAGUCAGACGGGCUUGUUGGUAUUGAGACGCCGAGAGCUGUGCUUGUCAAGUUGAUAAUGGAGGGAGACGAUGCAUCGUUUCAGCAGCUGAAGGUGAUAUCCAUCGUGGGUCCUGGUGGUCUGGGUAAAACUACACUUGCGAAUGAGGUGUACCGUAGACUGGAAGGCCAGUUCCAGUGUCGAGCUUUUGUUUCUCUGUCCCAGCAGCCUGACGUAAAAAGGAUUCUGAGAAACAUAUUCUGCCAAGUUAGUCAGCAAGUGUAUGAUAGCACAAGUGUAUGGGAUGAGGAAAAUCUUAUCGAUGCAAUCAGAGGAUUCCUAAAGGACAAGAGGUACUUCAUUGUCAUUGAUGAUAUCUGGAGUAUUCAAGCAUGGAAGACUAUCAAAUGCGCUUUGCUUAUGAAUAAUCUUGGAAGCAGAAUAAUAACUACAACACGGAGUGUUACUAUAGCCAAGUCAUGUUGCUCUCCUCAACAUGAUCAUGUCUAUGAAAUAAUGCCUCUCAGUACAGCCAAUGCAAUGAGUUUAUUUUUGAAACGAAUAUUUGGCACAGAAGAUAUAUGCCCUCCCCAAUUGGAAGAAAUCUCCUGUAAAAUAUUGAAAAAAUGUAGUGGAUCUCCAUUGGCGAUUAUUACCAUAGCUAGCUUAUUGACUAAUAAAGCUAGUACAAAAGAAGAAUGGGAGAGGGUACAUAAUUCAAUUGGUUCGACACUGGAAAAAGAUCCAAGUGUCGAAGAGAUGCAGAGGAUAUUAUCCCUUAGCUAUGAUGAUCUUCCUCACCAUUUGAAGACAUGUCUACUAUAUCUAUGCAUAUUUCCAGAAGACUGUGAGAUUGAGAGAGACCAGCUGGUAAAGAGAUGGAUCGCCGAAGGGUUCAUUAAUACAGGAAGUGGACAAGAUUUGGAGAAAAUAGGCGAGUCGUAUCUUAAUGAUCUUAUCAGCAGAAGCAUGAUUCAGCCAGUGAAAGUUCGAUAUGAUGGCCAGGUUGAUUCAUGCCGAAUCCAUGAUAUGAUUCUUGAUCUCCUUAUGUCCAAGUCAAUAAAGGAAAACUUUGCCACUUUCCUUGGUGAACAAAACCAGAAAUUAGUGCUGCAAGGCAAGGUUCGCCGGCUCUCUCUCAGCUAUUACUCCCAAGAGAAUGUCAUGGUUCCGUCAACAGCGAUCAUUUCCAGUUGUCGGUCACUCAGUAUCUUUGGGUAUGCCGAAGAAAUGCCUUCUCUUUCAGAGUUUAGAGUUCUGCGAGUACUUGAUAUAGAACAUGGUGAGGAUAUGGACAGCAAUUAUCUGGAGCAUGUGAGGAGGCUUUCUCAGUUGAAGUACCUGAGACUGAAUGUAAGAAGUAUUGAUGCACUCCCUGAACAACUCGGAGAACUACAGCAUCUGCAGACUCUUGAUCUGGUAUCGACGAAACUUAGAAAAUCACCCAAAAGCAUUGUUCGGCUGCAAAAUUUGACGUGUUUGCGUAUCAAUAAUCUGGAGUUACCUGAAGGUAUUGGGUGCAUGCGAGCUCUUCAGGAGGUAUCAGAGAUCAAAAUUAGCAGGAACAGUUCGGCGUCUUCUUUGCAGGAGCUGGGCAAUCUGACCAAACUGAAGAUUCUUGGGCUAUGCUGGUGUAUUUCUGAUAUUCAUGGUGGGACUAAAACUUUGGUCAAUAACUUGGUUUCAUCGCUCCGCAAGCUGGGCAGACUCAACCUUCGAUCUCUAUGCAUUCAGAGUAGUUUCAAGUACUCCAUAGAUUUCUUGCUGGAUUCUUGGCUCCCCACACCACAUCUCCUCCAGAAGUUUCAGAUGGGCAUGUGCUACUACUUCCCAAGAAUCCCAGUUUGGAUUGCAUCACUUGAAAACCUCACCUACCUAGAUAUCAAUCUUAAUCCAGUAAAAGAGGAAGUAUUGGAGAUCCUCGGAAACUUACCCGCAUUGCUGUUUCUCUGGCUGACGUCGAAAUCGGCUGAUCCAAAACAAAGACUCAUCAUAAACAGCAACAUGUUCAUGUGCCUGAAGGAACUCUACUUCACCUGCUGGAGCAUUGAGUCAGGGUUGAUGUUUCAAGAAGGCUGUAUGGCAAAGCUUGAGAAGCUGCAUCUUCCAUUCCAUGCUGCCACUGCCCUUGAAUUUGGCAUCCAUCACCUCUCUUCCCUUAGGCUGCUUGUUGUUGAGAUCAUCUGCAGCGGCGCGACGAUUCGGCAGGUGGAGUCAUUGGAGGAGACCAUCAGGAAGACAGCUGAUCUCCUUCCUUACCGCCCCACGGUCGAAAUUCGAACAUGGGAUGAGGAAAAUAUGGUGGAGGAACAGAAGGAGAAAGACAUGGGAGAAGAGGGCACCCAAACAAGCUGUUGAAGUUCAGUCUCUUGCCAUCAGUUCCAAAGAAAAAAGUUUAUGCUGAUGACACAUCAGAAGCAAUCUUUUUUUUUUCUCCCUAGUAGGAUGAUUAACCCUUAUAAUUAAUUUUGUUCAAAGAUGGAAUAACAGCUACAAAUACUACAGAAGAGUUAUUUUUUGUUCUUUUUUUGUAUUUAAUAGAAGCUAAAAUUACUUGAUUUUUAUGUACAAAAUUUACACAAACAUUUGCUGCAACUCAAGGAAAUAAAAUUGCACAUUCUACUU